UGACCGUUUGUGACCAUGAAGCGCAGAUAUGAGUUCUGUAAUAUUACAGACUACCGUCAGAAAACCAAGACGUCGCGCAAACAGUGUUGUACACGUCCUUCGAAGUCCUCACCACAACCACCGCGCAUGCGUCGAGCGAGCGCGACAGACGCAUGCGCGGUUACCCCAGGCAACCUAACGUUCCCAUGGAGACGUGCGCACUCAACACGGGUUCGACGGAAGGCAAAGAAAAAACCCAACCCACGCCGGCAGAGAAACAGGGACGAGGUAAAGAAGAAAUCUUUGGAAGAAAUGGAAGAGGAAUACUUGAAGACCAUCCGCCUGCUGUUCAUUCGUUGUACGACUAUUACCGGCGUGACAGAAGAGUCGUGGACAACGGAGAAUGAAAGGGCGAUGGAUCAAUUUAUUGUGGACACAUCCAUCCAAACCGUGGUGGUCUAUAAGGACACCAGCCAUGUUCUGCAGGUGGCGUACUCCAUGCCCCUACCGGGACAGCUGGUAGAUCAGCUGUGCUAUUUUGGCCGCAUGCCAGGAGCCAUACUCACAGUGGAGUCAUUUGACACGGCCGUACAGUUUGCCACAGUGCGGGGUGACCCCAUCCAGAGGAUGCUCUAUGAGAUGACCUGUUUGCAUGCCCCCCAAAUUGCCCUCAGCGCAUUCAGAGAGAAGAGCCUCAAGGACAACUAUACCAGCCACAUGCACAGCUACCUUGCCAGCCUCACUGAUAAUGUGUAUAAGAAGUUUGGCAAAACAGUCCUAUACAUCCCAAUGGAAGGCCUACAGUGCAGCCCUGCGGAGGCCAAGAAUGACAAGAAGCUGGUUCAGAGAAUGGAGACCGUCAUCAUCAACUGGACAGAUCAGAUAAAGGAGCAGAUGCGUGGCCAAGACACAAUGAAGAAUUGGGACAACUGUGGUCUGCUGCAGGAGAUAGCCUGCUGGAAGAGUCACUCUGUCAAGCUGCUGGACCUCAUGCAGCAGCUGCAAAAGCCUGGUGUCAGGCACAUCGAGGACAUCCUGCGGCUCUCCAAGUCUCUGUAUGUAGAGCGCUUCCUCAAACUGGCCAUUGAAAUACAGGAUUAUUCUCUGCAGGCCCAAUCAAACCUGUCCUUCCUGUCCAUACUGAAGGAGCCCUGUGAAGAGCUUGCCCGGCUCGAGCCCAAUCAAGUUGCUCCUAAACUGAAACACAUUGUCAGUCUCAUUCGCAUCAUCUGGCUCAACUCCAGCCACUACAACACCACUGAGAAGAUCUCUGGUCUCUUCCACAAGGUGAGUAAUGAGAUGACGGGCCUGUGCUGCGAAAGCAUCUCUCUGGACAAGAUCUUUAAGGGCCACGUGACCUCCAGCAAACAAAAUCUCAGAGACUGCAUCCACUGCUGCCAGUCCUGGGAGGAAAUAUACCUGCAAGCCGCGCAGAUUCACGACAAGAAUUCUUCAAAAGGCUGGGACCUGGAUCAUUCCAACUUUUUUGUGGUGGUUGACGCUUUCAUUCAGAGGUUCAGGGACCUGCUUGAGAUAUGUGACUGCCAGCAACAGUUUGCCCGCUGGGAGGAUGGUCAGCAGAGGCCCCUGCGAUGCUUCAGCGGUUGCCAUGGACCAGAGUUCACGCAGUCCCUCCUGGAGAUAGAGGGCACCUUCCACCGUGGCCUGCAGAAGCUGCAGUCUCUUGGCAAGGGCAUCCUUGACGUCAAGAAUAACUCGUGGUGCAAUGAAUUCAACAAGUUUCAUUCAUUGACAAAGGAUCUGGAAAUUAUGACGCAGAACCUGAUCAAUUCGGUGUUUAAGACGGUGUACUCAGUGGAGGAAGGGGUUCGGCUUCUGGAUAUUUUCAGACCCAUGUCUACUCGAGAGGCCAUUAAGAGCACCACAGACGAGAAGCUAGAGGAAGUGUACAAUGUCAUAAACAUGGAGCUCCAACUGGUCAACAAGGAGCUGAACCAGAGGAGAGUGUCUUAUCCAGGCCACUUGUCCCAGAUAGCAGGAUACACCCAAUGGGUGAUGGCCCUCAGACACCGCAUAGACAGACCCAUAGAGGUGCUUCAUAAGGCCCACUUCAUAACCGAGUCAUACAGCAGCAAGCAGGUCCUUCUCACCUAUGGCCAAAUGGUGCAUGUUAUGGAUGAGAUUGUGUUGAAGAACUUUAGUGAGUGGACCCAUAACCUGGAUGGACAGUACCUCAAGAGACUGCAGAACCCACUCUUGGUGCGCUGCAAGGAAAAUCCCGCCAAGCUGGACGUUAACUUUGACAUAGGACUGUUGAACCUCUUCUCUGAGGUGGACUACUGGGAUCAACAAGGGUUUGAGCUCCCCCAGUGUGUGUAUAGCAUUUACCAGGAAAGGGAGGAGCUCCGAUGCCUGCGGGAGAGAGCACGGCUGUUGAUAAAGAGCUAUAACAGAGUCAUAAGAAUGCUGUCUCCUGAGGAGUUGGGUCUGUUUCGGGAGCGAAUUCGUUUGAUGGAUAAGAAGAUUCACCCGGGUCUGACCAAGAUCCCAUGGACGUCUAAGACAGCGGCCAACACCUUCAUCCGUGACUGUCUCCAGUAUGUUGAAAAGGUCCAGGUGAUUGUUGACUCUUACAAAGUGUCCAACCUAUCCAUCUCCAGCCUGUGUUCCCAGAUGAGUGAAACUUUGCUGGUCAGACUGGAUGGAAGGAAUGUGUACAGUGACCUGGAGUUUGAGGACAACCAGAAGGCUCAUCAGCGGAGCCAACGUCAAAUACUGCUCUCAGCACACCGGGACAUCAUUGAAAUCAUAACCCGUGUCUACAACACCUUCUCUAAUGAUGGGCCUGAGGUCCGGGAGAACUGGUUGGCCUACACAGAGAAAAUGGACCAAAUGGUAGAGGAAGCUCUCAGAAGCAACAUCAAGAACUCCAUGAAGAUUGUAUCCAGGGCCAUCAACGGAGAGGGCAAGACGUCACCCAAUCCCUUGUUCAAAGUCAUGUUGGAUCUGCAUCAGGCGACUCCCCAAACCACACCAAAGGUCGAGUUCUCCCCAACGCUCACAAAGCUCGCACAGAUAGUGAACAUUAUGCCUCAGCUCAUCAGCGCCGUCGCAGAUUUUAAACGACUGCCUGAACUUGUCAAAUGCAAGCAUUCACAGGGGAAUCCCAUAUACACCAACAUAGAGCAAGACGAGGAGAUAAAGGAGAUCCAGGCUGCAGUUGCCACAGGGAUGUCAGCCAAUGCCAGCCACCUGCAGGCCUAUCUGAAGAACUGGGACAAAUACAGGGACAUCUGGCAGAUCAACAAGGACUCCUUUAUACAACGCUAUCAGAGACUCAACCCACCUGUCACUUCUUUUGACGCAGAUGUACACAGGUACACAGAGAAAGCCAACAGUGUUCAACAGGAAGAGACAGUAUUGAACAUCGGGUUUGUCACACUGGACUGUUCACUGCUCAAGUCCUCCUUGGUGCAGCACUGCUGUCAGUGGCAGAAGAAGUUCACUCAGCUGCUCAGCCACAUUGCCAGCACCAACCUUACAGAACUUCAUUCCUCCCUGCAAACCAAUGCCGACAGGCUGAGUCAACCACCGCAGACACUGGACGAACUUCGUGACAGCCUUAAGCUUUUUGGGACUAUGCAGGGAGAUCUGGCCAAGACAGAAGCUCAGAUUCUUCUCAUCCAUGACCAGUUUACUAUCCUGGACAAAUACGAGGUCCCAGUGGAGGAGGCUGUGCAGGAGAUGCGUGAGGUUAUAGAUGGCGAUUGGGUGUGGUUCCAGCAGGUCUUGAUUGACAGUGAAGACAUGCUGCAGAAGCAGAGAGAAAAAUUCAAGAACAGCCUCUUGGUCCAAUCUGAGGAUCUCAAUAAGAAGAUCCACAGCACUGUGCAGAACUUCAGCAGCACAGGUCCAUUUGACAGUGCACUGAAAACCGAGUUGGCCCUAAAGCAAAUAGCAGAGCAUUGCAGCCAACUGGAGGCCCUAAAAGAGGAAGAGAGCAACAUCAUUUACUGGCUGGCCUUUUUCAAAAUAGAACACUCCCGCUCCAAAUGCAUCAAGACGCUGGAGAAGGACAUACAGCACCUGCAGCAGGUCUGGGAGAUGGCACAGGAAUGGAAUUCCAGGUGGAACAUCUGGAAGGUUGGUCAGUUUGCUACGCUGCAGACAGAGAACAUGGAGAGCACAGCGCAGGACACAUUCAAAAAACUCUGCAAGCUCAAGAGAGAACUAAAGGAUAAGGAUUGGGACAUAGUAGAUGUCUUUCACAACAAGAUUGACCAGUUCCAGCGGAUCAUCCCUCUCAUUGCUGACAUGAGGAACCCAGCCAUGAGAGACAGACACUGGAAGGAGAUCUGUGAAGAGCUGAACUGCUCUCUUGACCAAACCAGUGAUGAAUUCACCCUGGAGAAGAUCGUAUCUCUGGACCUGGACAAGUACACUGACCAGAUCUCUGAGAUCACUGGAGCUGCCACCAAGGAACUCUCCAUAGAACAGGGCUUGGAGAAUAUUACCAAGACAUGGGAGAAAAUGUUCCUGGACAUAGCAUCUUACAAAGAUAAAGGCCACUACCAGCUGAAGUGCACAGAGGAGGUCUUCCAGGCCCUGGAGGACAACCAGGUCACUCUGUCCACGAUGAAAUCUUCUCGGUUCGUCAAAGCCUUUGAGCCGGUGGUGGACCGCUGGGAACGCCAGCUCUCGCAGGUGCUGGAAGUCAUUGAGAUGAUCCUCAAUGUGCAACGCCACUGGAUUUAUCUGGAGAACAUUUUCCAGGGAAAAGACAUCAGGGAGCAGCUGCCGCGGGAGUGCGAAGAGUUUGAAGAUGUUAGUUCUAACUGGAAAAUCAUCAUGGGCCGACUUUAUGAGGAUAACAACGCCUUACAGGGAACACACUACCCUGGCUUGCUAGAUAUGCUGUCAGAUAUGAGUGCCAAGCUGGAGGAGAUCCAGAAGGCCUUGGACAUGUACCUGGAGACCAAGAGGCAGCUAUUCCCACGAUUCUACUUCCUGUCCAAUGACGAUGUGCUGGAGAUCCUGGGGCAAUCACAGAACGCGGAGGCCAUGCAACCCCACCUGAAGAAGUGUUUCGACAACAUCAAUAAACUGCGCAUUGAAAAGGUGGGCACUAAAGCAGAGGCCUUCGGGAUGUUCUCUGCUGACGGGGAGUAUGUUGAGUUCAUCCACUCGGUGCACCUGGACAAAGCUGUGGAGGUUUGGCUGUGUGAUGUUGAGUACACAAUGCGUAUCACACUGAAGAAUAGUCUGAAUGACUGCCUUGUAGCGCUGAAGAGGAUGAAACAACACAGAGACAAAUGGGUCAAAGAUUGGCCCGGACAGAUGCUUAUCACUGCCAGUCAGAUCCAGUGGACCACUGACGUCACGAAAUCUCUCAUUACCUGCAAGGAGAGGGCUGACAGGUCCGCCCUGAAGUCCCUGAAAAAGAAGCAGGUCAACAUGCUUAAUUGCUAUUCGGAGGCCAUCCGGGGCAACCUGUCCAAAGUGCUACGUCUCAAGAUCGUGGCCCUGGUCACGGGGGAGGUUCAUGCUCGGGAUGUCAUCGACAAGUUAGCCAAGACUGGCUGCAAUGAUGUCAACGCCUUUGAUUGGCUCAGCCAGCUGCGACUGUACUGGGAGAAGGUAUGCGCUGAGACUGCGGACGCGAAAACAGCAAAAAAGAAAAAGGGUGAAGAGGAUGUGGAUGAUUGCAUAAUCCGCCAGACCAACACCCGUUUCAGAUAUGGCUACGAGUACCUGGGCAACUCUGGACGGCUCGUCAUCACUCCGCUUACCGACAGGUGUUACAUGACACUGACCACGGCGCUCUACCUCCACCGGGGGGGCUCUCCUAAAGGCCCAGCUGGUACUGGGAAGACCGAGACAGUGAAGGACUUAGGCAAAGCCCUAGGCAUGUAUGUCAUUGUAGUCAACUGCUCUGAAGGCCUGGACUACAAAUCCAUGGGACGCAUGUACUCUGGCCUGGCACAGACGGGAGCAUGGGGCUGCUUCGAUGAGUUCAACCGUAUCAACAUCGAGGUGUUGUCGGUGGUGGCCCAGCAGAUCCUCUCCAUCCUUUCUGCCCUCGCAGCCGGACAAUGCAAUUUCCACUUUGAUGGACAUCACAUACGUCUGGUCUGGUCAUGCGGCAUCUUCAUCACCAUGAAUCCCGGUUACGCUGGUCGUACUGAGCUCCCAGACAACCUCAAGUCCAUGUUCAGACCGAUCUCCAUGGUGGUGCCAGACUCCACUUUAAUUGCUGAAAUCAUACUGUUUGGAGAGGGCUUCAACAACUGCAAGCUCCUGGCUAAGAAGGUGUUCACCUUGUACUCCCUGGCGGUGCAGCAGCUGUCUAAACAGGACCACUAUGAUUUUGGCCUGCGUGCUCUCACCUCCUUGCUCCGUAAUGCUGGAAAGAAGCGCCGUUGUUGCCACAACGUUCCCGAUGAAGACAUCCUGUUGAUGGCUAUGAAAGACAUGAACAUUGCUAAGUUGACCACUAGUGACCUGCCACUGUUCAAUGGUAUCACCCAGGACUUGUUCCCUGCCAUGGAAACACCCAUUGCAGAUUAUGGCAAGUUGAAGGAGGCCAUAGAGGUGGAGCUUCGUCGGUGCGGCUUGCAGGUGACUCCUUUCGCCGUGACCAAAGUCAUUCAACUUUAUGAGACCAAAAACUCUCGACACUCCACCAUGCUGGUGGGCAAGACCGGCAGCGCUAAGACUGUAACCUGGAAGACCCUGCAGAGUGCCAUCACUGCCCUGCACCACAAGGGAGUGCCCGACUUCCUGCAUGUCCAGGAGUAUCCUCUGAACCCCAAGGCAAUGAGUCUGGGAGAGCUCUACGGAGAAAAUGACCUCACCACCAAUGAGUGGACUGACGGAGUGCUAUCGUCUCUCAUGAGAUUCGCCUGCGCAGAUGAGAAACCAGAUGAGAAGUGGAUUGUGUUUGACGGGCCUGUUGACACGCUGUGGAUAGAGAGCAUGAACUCUGUCAUGGAUGACAACAAGGUGCUCACACUCAUCAAUGGAGAGAGAAUCUCCAUGCCUGAGCAGGUGUCUCUGCUGUUUGAAGUGGAGAACCUGGCAAUGGCCUCUCCUGCUACAGUGUCUCGCUGUGGGAUGGUCUACAAUGAUUCCACUGACCUGGGCUGGAAGCCUUUUGUUCAGUCCUGGCUGGACAAGCGACACAAGGCUGAAGUGGAACAUUUAAAGCGUUUGUUUGAUCAGUAUGUGGAGAGCACACUGAACUUUAAGAAGACUAACUGUAAGGAGCUGAUCCCCAUCACUGAGCUGAAUGGAGUUACCUCUCUCUGCCGCCUCUAUGACUCCCUGGCCACACCAAGCAAUGGGGUGAAUACCUCAAACACAGAAGACCUGGGUAGGAUGGUGGAGCUUUGGUUCAUCUUCAGCCUCAUCUGGUCUGUAUGUGCUUCUGUAGACGAAGAUGGCCGCAAGAAGAUGGACAUCUUCCUUCGAGGGCAGGAGGGCAACUUCCCCAUCAAGGACACAGUCUAUGAGUACUUUGUGGACACCAAGCACAAAAACUGGGCCUCAUUUGAAGUUAAGCUGCCAAAGGACUGGCACUACAAUGCCAGUGCUCCAUUCUACAAGAUCAUGGUCCCUACAGUGGACACAGUGCGCUACAAUUUCCUGGUUAAGGCUCUGGUGUUGGGUCAGUACCCAGUGCUACUCACUGGGCCAGUGGGCACCGGUAAAACCUCUGUGGUCCAGAGUGUCCUGCAGAGCUUGGAUAAAAAGUGGACUGCCCUCACUAUCAACAUGUCGUCACAGACCACCUCUAAUAACAUCCAGGCCAUCAUGGAGAGCCGAAUAGAAAAGAGAACCAAGAGCGUGUUUGUGCCGACAGGUGGGAAGCGACUGCUUUGUUUCCUGGAUGACCUCAACAUGCCAGCCCAUGACCUUUUUGGCUCCCAGCCGCCGCUGGAGCUGCUGCGCCUUUGGAUCGACUAUGGCUUCUGGUAUGACCGCGAGAAACAGACCCGAAAGUUUGUCAAGGACAUGGUCUUGCUGGCGUCCAUGGGGCCCCCUGGUGGAGGGAGGACCCACAUCUCUGACCGCUUCCAGAGUCGAUUCAGCCUCAUCAACAUGACCUUCCCGAAUGAGUCCCAGAUCAGGCGGAUCUACAGUACCAUGAUCAACCAAAAACUCGAGAGCUUUAAAGAGGAGCUGAAGCCCAUUGGAGAGAUUCUGACUACGGCCACUUUAGAACUAUAUUAUGCUAUUGUAGCUCAAUUUCUUCCCACUCCUGCCAAGAUACACUACCUCUUCAAUCUCAGGGAUAUCUCCAAGGUGUUCCAGGGCCUGCUAAGAGCUCACCCAGACUACCAUGACACCAAAACCAACGUCACUAGACUUUGGACCCAUGAGUGCUUCAGGGUUUUCUCCGACCGGCUUGUGGAUCACGGUGACAUGGAGGCCUUUGUUGCUUUGAUGGAUGAGAAACUGGGCUCACACUUUGACCUCACCAUCAGCAGCAUGUGCCCCAACAAACAAAAACCAAUAUUUGGUGACUUCCUGAGUGAGUAUCAUGUGUAUCAGGACCUACUGGACAUGAGCGGUCUCAAGAUGUUCAUGGAAGCCAAGCUUGAGGACUACAACCUGACGCCUGGCGUAGUGCCCAUGAGCCUGGUGCUCUUCCGAGACGCCAUCGAGCACAUAACCCGUGUGGUACGUGUGAUCAGUCAGCUCAGGGGCAACAUGCUGCUGGUCGGUGUUGGGGGCUCCGGUCGACAGAGCCUGUCUAAGAUGGCCGCCUCCAUCUGUGAGUACCAGGUAUUCCAGGUGGAAGUCACCAAGCAGUACCGCAAGCAGGAGUUUAGAGAAGACAUUAAGAGGCUGUACCGUUUGGCUGGUGUGGACAACAAGCCCACAGUCUUCCUGUUCAGCGACACCCAGCUCGUAGAUGAAUCAUUCCUAGAGGACAUCAAUAACAUCCUGAGCUCUGGAGAGGUGCCCAACCUCUACAAGCAGGAUGAGUUUGUUGAGGUUUGCAGUGCUCUGACAGAUUCUGCCAGGAAAGACAAGGUGGUGGAGACUCCUGACUCCCUGUUUUGCUACCUGAUAGAGCGAGUCAGGAACAACCUGCACAUAGUGCUGUGUAUGAGCCCAGUGGGAGAGCCCUUCAGGAACCACAUUCUCCAGUACCCUGCGCUCGUCAACUGCACCACCAUUGACUGGUUCUGUGAGUGGCCCAAAGAAGCUCUGCUGGAGGUGGCUCAGAGGUACUUGGACGGCCUGGAGCUGGGAUCCAUGAAGGAGAUCCAGACAAAGGUUGCCAGCAUCUUUGUGACCACACACCAGUCUGUGGCACAGGUCUCCCAACAGAUGAAGCUGGAGCUGAAAAGACAUAAUUAUGUGACACCCACCAACUACCUGGAGCUUGUGUCUGGAUACAAGAAGCUGUUGGCAGAGAAACGCAGUGAGUUGGGGGAGCAGGUGAGCAAGCUGCGCAACGGCCUUUUCAAGAUCAGCGACACCCGCGAGAAGGUGGAGGGCAUGUCUCUGGAGCUGGAGGAGGCCAAGAAGCAGGUGGCAGAGUUCCAGAAACAGUGUGACGAGUACCUGUCCGUCAUUUUGCAGCAGACAAGAGAGGCUGACAAGCAGAAGAAGGCGGUAAGUGCCCACAGUGAGAAAAUUGGAGCUGAAGAGUUACAGUGUAAAGCCUUGGCUGAGAAUGCUCAGAGAGACCUGGACGAGGCCCUGCCUGCCCUGGAGGAGGCUAUGAAGGCUCUGGAGUCUCUGAAUAAGAAGGACAUGACGGAGAUCAAGUCAUAUGGCUGCCCCCCAGCAUUGGUGGAGACAGUCAUGACGGCUGUCAUGACCCUUCAGGGCAAGGAGCCUACCUGGGCAGAGGCCAAGAGACAGCUGGGUGAGUCCAACUUCAUCAAAACAUUAGUUAACUUCGACAAGGACAAUAUACCGGACCGUGUGUUGAAGAAGAUCGGUCAGUACUGCAGACACGUAGACUUCCGGCCAGAGAUCAUCGGCAAAGUGUCACUGGCUGCCAAGUCCCUCUGCAUGUGGGUGAGAGCCAUGGAGGAGUAUGGACGUAUCUUCAGGGUGGUGGAGCCGAAGCGGGCCCAACUGAACGCUGCCAUGUCCCAGCUGGCGGAGAAACAAGCUGCGCUGGCUGAGGCCCAGAACAAACUACGAGAGGUGGCAGAGAAGCUAGACGAACUGAAAAGGUCACACGGUGAGAAGCUGGACAUGAAGGAGAGUUUGAGGAAGAAAUCAGAGGAGAUGGAGGUCAAACUGGAUCGAGCUGACAAACUGGUGACUGGACUUGCUGGAGAACGGGUUCGCUGGGAAGAGAGAGUUGCUGGUCUUGAGGAGAACAUGGGAUACCUUGUAGGAGACUGUUUGCUCGCAGCGUCUUUCCUAUCCUACAUGGGACCCUUCCUCUCUAACUACAGAGAUGAGCUGCUUUCCAUCUGGAUGAAGGAGGUGCAGGGCGCAGAAAUCCUGUGCACACCAGGGUUCAGUUUUGCGACUUUUCUGUCCAAACCCACGGCAGUGAGGGACUGGAACAUUCAGGGGCUGCCCUCGGACGCAUUCUCUACUGAGAAUGGAGUUAUCGUUACCCGCGGAAACAGAUGGCCACUGAUGGUUGACCCUCAAGGCCAAGCUCUGAAGUGGAUCAAGAAUAUGGAGAUGAAAAGGGGUCUGAAAAUGAUAGACUUCCAAAUGCCAGACUACCUGCGCGUGCUGGAGAGUGCCAUCCAGUUUGGGCACCCUGUUCUGCUGCAGAACGUACAGGAGGAGUUGGAACCAUCUCUCAAUCCGAUCCUCAACAAGUCUCUGACGCGAAUAGGCGGCAGGCUGAUGUUGAAGCUGGGUGAUAAGGAGGUGGAGUACUGUCCAGAGUUCCGUUUUUACAUCACCACCAAGCUGUCUAACCCCCACUACACGCCAGAGAUUUCUGCAAAGACCACCAUAGUCAACUUCGCUGUCAAGGAACAGGGACUGGAAGCGCAACUGUUGGGGACAGUGGUGCGUAAGGAGCGUCCAGAGCUCGAAGAACAGAAGGACUCUUUGGUGAUCAGCAUUGCCGCUGGCAAGACAAAACUGCAGGAACUGGAAGAUGAGAUCCUCAGGCUGCUGAAUGAUGCAACUGGCUCCCUGUUGGACGAUGUGCAGCUGGUGAACACGCUGCAGACAUCCAAAGUGACGUCCACUGAUGUUUCGGAGCAGCUGGAGAGCAGUGAACAUACCGAAAUCAAGAUUGACUCUGCUAGAGAGGGCUACCGUCCAUGUGCCGAGCGAGCCUCCAUUCUCUUCUUCAUCCUAAACAACAUGGGCCUCAUUGACCCCAUGUACCAGUUCUCACUGGAUGCCUACAUUAACCUCUUCAACCACAGCAUAGAGAAGAGCAAGCGCAGUCACAAGCUGGAGGAGAGGAUCACCAACCUCAAUGACUACCACACAUACGCAGUGUACAGGUACGCAUGUCGUGGUCUGUUCGAGGUCCACAAGCUUCUCUUCAGCUUCCAGAUGUGUGCCAAAAUCCUGGAGGUGACUGGGAAACUCAACAUGGAUGAGUACAGUUUCUUCCUCCGAGGAGGACUCGUACUUGAUAAGGAGGAACAGAUGGACAACCCCUGUACCAGUUGGCUGGCAGACUCCAGCUGGGACAACAUCACAGAGCUUGAUAAGCUGCCCAACUUCCAUGGCCUGAUGGUUUCCUUUGAACAGUACCCCCGAGAGUGGAACCUUUGGUUCACCAGUGCUGAGCCAGAGAAUGCCACAUUACCAGGUGAUUGGGAGAAUAACUGUAAUGAACUCCAGAAAAUGUUGGUCGUGCGCUCCCUGCGUCAGGACCGCGUCUCCUUGGGUGUCACCCACUUCAUCGUUAACAACCUCGGCUCUCGCUUUGUGGAGCCGCCGGUUCUCGACAUGAAGGCUGUUGUGGAGGAAUCCACCUGCAGGAGUCCUCUGAUCUUUGUUUUGUCUCCUGGGGUGGACCCCACUGGAGCCCUGCUGCAUCUGGCCGAAGACUCUGGUAUGAGCAAGAACUUCCACGCUCUCUCUCUUGGCCAGGGACAGGCCCCCAUCGCAAAGAGCAUGAUUGAAGAGGGCGUCAAAAAUGGUCACUGGGUAUUCCUUGCCAACUGCCACCUCUCUCUCUCAUGGAUGCCUGAGCUGGACAAGCUGGUGGAGCAGCUACAAGUGCAGGAGCCCCACCCCAACUUCCGACUCUGGCUCAGCUCUUCGCCACACCCCGAAUUUCCCAUUACCAUCCUGCAAGGUGGGAUCAAGAUGACCACUGAACCACCAAAGGGUGUGAAAUCCAACAUGAAGCGUCUGUACCAGCUUGUGACGGAGGCUCAGUUCAACCGCUGUUCAAGACCCAUCUUCUACCGGAAGCUCCUCUUCUCCCUCUGCUUCUUUCACAGCAUCCUGCUGGAAAGGAAGAAGUUCCUACAGCUGGGCUGGAACAUUGUUUAUGGCUUCAACGAUUCCGACUUUGAGGUGAGUGAGAAUCUGCUCAGUCGCUACCUGGACGAGUACGAGGAGAUUCCCUGGGAUGCACUGAGGUACCUCAUUGCUGGGGUCAACUAUGGAGGUCAUGUGACAGAUGACUGGGACAGACGUCUUCUAACCACAUACAUCAAUGACUACUUCUGCGAGGCUGCGGUCACCCAGCCCUUCUUCAAGUUGUCCUCCUUAGCCAACUACUACAUCCCCCGUGAUGGACCCCAGUCCUCAUUCAAGGAGUUUAUUGGCAUGAUGCCUCCCGCAGAGCACCCUGAGGUGUUUGGCCAGCACCCUAAUGCCGACAUUGCUAGUCAGAUCGCUGAGACCAGAUUGCUGUUCGACACCCUGCUCUCCCUGCAGCCCCAGGUCACCAGCCCCUCCGCUGCGGGGGCUAGGCCGAGUAGAGAGGAUAAGGUAUUAGAGCUGUUGGCAGACGUCCGUGUGAAGAUUCCAGCAUUGAUUGACUACGAGGGCACAAAGUCCCUCCUCCAGGACAACCCUUCGCCUCUUAAUGUGGUCCUGCUGCAAGAGGUCCAGAGAUACAACUCGCUGCUGGACACCAUCAUUGCGUCUCUGCUGGAGCUGGAGAAAGGGAUCAAAGGCUUAGUGGUGAUGUCACCCAGCUUGGAGGAGACCUUCAACUGCAUCUAUGACGCCCGUGUACCACCGCUGUGGGAGAAGACAUACCCCUCACUGAAGCCCUUGGCAGCGUGGACCAGGGAUCUUUGCCAGCGGGUGGUUCAGUUUGCACGCUGGACAGAGAUGGCACAGCCCCCCAACUUGUUCUGGCUAUCCGGCUUCACCUUUCCCAACGGUUUCCUGACCGCCGUGCUGCAGUCUUAUGCUCGGCAACAUAAGAUAUCAGUGGACACACUGUCCUGGGAGAAUAUAGUAUCCACUGUAGAUGACAGCAACCUCCUCCACCCGCCCAAGGAUGGAGUGUUUGUGCGAGGUUUGUACCUGGAGGGGGCAGGUUGGGACAAGAAGAACUCCUGUCUGGUGGAAGCUGAACCCAUGCAGAUGUCCUGUCCCAUCCCUACCAUCCACUUCAAACCUGUGGAGAACCGCAAGAAGAUGGGCAAGAUUAUGUACCUGUGUCCGUGUUACUACUUCCCCGUGCGUUCGGGCGGCGCUGGACGAGCAUCUUUUGUGAUCGACGUGAAGCUCAAAUCCGGAGCUGCUACCCCCGACCACUGGAUCAAGAGAGGGACCGCUCUUCUCAUGAGUCUGGACAGCUAAAUGCAUACACACCCACACAUAGUACCCUUUGCUUUUUGUUGUUUAAUACUUUUUAUACAUAUUAAAAUGUUCAACAUUC